CAUCAAAUAGUAGAAAAACAUAAGGAAUACCAGUCAUAGAUUCACAUAUUUUAACUCUGUAGUCUAAGCCGCCAUCUUUAUCGACAGGCUCCUUCUUUUUUGGUUAUUCAAUAAGGAGUAACGAUGGCUCCAUCGAAACCUAAAUCAAGUGAAAAGCCCGCUUCCUCGGCGAAGAAAGAGGAAAAGAAGAAACCAGCUUCAGCUGGUUCUUCGAAAACUCCAACUUCUGCUGGGUCUUCUAAAACACCAGCUCCGGCUCCAAAAGCAGCAGCAAAAGCUUCAGCUAGUGCAACUUCUGCUAAGUCUGCCACUAAACCAGCUGCUAAGGCAGCCAAACCUUCCUCCAAGCCUGCAGCAAAAUCUGCAGCAAAACCUGCUUCGGCUAAAGCAUCUAAAGCAUCUGCCAAACCUGCAACCAAGGGGGCAGCGAAGAAACCUCAAGGUCAAAAAUCUAUGGAGAAAGCAACAUCUAAAGUAGCAAUCACUAAGCCCAAAAGAAAUGUUGCUCCCAAACAGCAACCUAAAGAUAAACAGAAGAAGGCUGCCGUUAAAGCUGCUGAAAUCAAGAAGGCUGAACGUGCCCAAAAAAAGGUUAUUAAGGGAUCAAGCGGUACUAGAGUACGUAAGAUCCGUACAUCAGUCCAUUUUCACAGGCCAAAAACAUUCAGGCCCCCAAGAAACCCAAAAUACCCUAGGAAAUCUGUACCAACUAGGAGCCGUAUGGAUGCUUUCAACAUCAUAAAAUAUCCAUUGACUACUGAGGCGGCAAUGAAGAAGAUUGAAGAUAACAACACUCUGGUCUUUUUGGUACAUACAAAGGCUAACAAAAACCAUAUAAGGCAAUCUGUCAAAAAACUUUAUGAUAUAAAUGUUGCUAAAGUUAACACUUUGAUCAGGCCUGAUGGCAAGAAGAAGGCUUACGUAAGAUUGGCGAGGGACUAUGACGCCUUAGACGUUGCCAAUAAAAUUGGUAUCAUAUAAGUUAAUUUUAUCUCUGAACAUUUGUUUUAUACUACUGUGUAUGAAUAAAUAUUAGGGAAAAUU